UGUAGGAAACAUUUAUGCCCAUCACUGAACGGCCAAUGGCUGAUGCCUCGGUUUCCUUGAGCCAAGUCUGUGAUUAAGAUUUAAUGUGGUUACUGUAAACACUACGUAAAUACCCGUAGCUGUUGCUAAAAAAUGGCACUCAGGAUUGUAAAAAAGGUGAUUGAAUCCAAUCUUCGCUCCCAAAUUCUUAGAUCUUCGACACCCCGGAGUUACAGCUUAUAUGAACCAGACUAUUUAGAGACAGGAAAAUCAAAAAUACCACUGCAUGACGUUCUCAACAUUCGACUAAAAGGAUAUGAUUAUCCUGUAUUGGAGAGUUAUCAAGGACUUGUUCAUGACUUAGCAGAUCACCUAGGCAUUGAAGUAGAAACAGGCUGGGCCACACCAAUGACAGAAUUCCAGAUCCGAAGAUUCAAGCCAAAAAGUACUGUGGUUGCGGCUGAGUACAAACUGAAAACUUACUACAGAACCGUACAAAUAGCUAAUCCAACAUCAAUUCAAUAUCCCCUCCUUCUAAGACUGAUAGAAGCAAGCCUUCCAGAAGGAGUUACAGUGGAGGUGGUCACACAUGAUCCUAAAAUUGAAGAAGAUAGAUAUGUACCUGAUAAAGAACUUGUUGACCUCAGAUCAAAGUUAGAUGAGUAUGGAAAGCCCAAGACUACUAAGAAAUAGUGAUUUCACUUAUAACGUUUUAGUCUGUUAUAUUGUUCGAUUGCUGCUUGAUCGUUAGUUCAUAUGUAAAUUUUAUCGACUUCUUGUAGUCAUUCAAGCUGAGAUAUACUGAAAAUAAGUUUAUUUACGAACAAUAAAAAAAUCUUAAAUAUAUAAACAGGUAUGAAUAGAAUAAAAUAAUACAGAUUCACUGGCA